AUGUUGAGCAUUAAUCUACUGGCAGAAAAAGUUAAUUGGAUUUUUGAAAGUCUUGAUUCUAGUAAUUUAACAAAAGAAUCUCAACCAGAUUUUGGUCAUUUAGAUAAUAAAGAAAUGAUUAAAACUGUUUUAUUACUUGAAGAAUAUGCAAAAUGUGUUUCCAAAUGGAAUAAUAAAGCCAUAUUAACUUUAACUGGGCCAAUUUUUGUGAUUCCUGAAUCUUCUGCAGAAGAAACUAAACUUAGAGGAAGGGUGAAAGGCUAUACAUUUAACAAUUCAAUAAAACAUUCGCCAAUAACUCAAUUUUAUAAAGUUAUUUUUAUCAAAUAUGAAAAUAAAAAAUAUUGUGCUGACAUUAUUUUUACUCAAGCUAAAACGAAAAUCGGAACAAUUUUUGAUACAAAUAAAGAAGCUUAUUGUGGAAAAUCUAGCAUAGAUAAUUGGGAAUACAAAAAUUAUGUUAAAGAUUCAAAGCUUAUGGAACAAAUGUUUGAAAAUAAAUUACAGUUUUUGGAAUGGUAUAUUGGAUUUGAGUUGAUUGAAUUGAUUAAUGCUGCAGGAAUUGAGGGAAUUAGUGAUUUAGGUAGUUUUAUUUGUGUCGGCAUUUAUCUGCCAAAUUAA